AUGAACGAGGUCCAGAGUCUAAUGCAAGGGUCAAUGGUUUCUUCCGAGGAAAUGCCGAUAUCCACAAGCAAGCGCGCCGGUGCCGAGAUUCUUGCAGUGAUCAUCAUGCUUGCAUUCCUGUUAUUCGGAUUACUCCCAGCGUCUAUUACUCUCAUAUUGACCGAAGCAAGCCUUUUACCGGACAAAUUGGAAACAACCAUUCCUUCUCCGACAAAGGAACGUGGAUCAACAAUUGCAGAGCUGCUUGGAGGAGAAAAGGCCCCUACAGGACUUGCUGCAUUUAGUAGUGCAUUGAAGGGUUUCGGCGUGCCUCAGUUUUUGUGGCUGAUUGAACUUCAUCUGAAGAAGUGUUUUAUCCAGAUAGCAUUCGAGGUGCUUACUAUGCAAAUUAUUCUCGGCAUUAUUUAA